GGGCGCCGGGCCGCGCGCCCACCCUCCCGGUGCGCAGAGCGAGGGGGCGGCCGAGGCCAGGGCUGGGGGCGCCCGAGCCGCCGAAGAUGGAGGAUCCGCAGCGCUCGCGCUCGCACACGGUCACCACCACCGCCAGCUCCUUCACCGAAAACUUCUCCACCAGCAGCAGCAGCUUCGCCUACGACAAGGAGUUCCUGCGCACCCUGCCCGGGAUCCUCAUCGUGGCCGAGAUAGUUUUUGGUCUGCUGGUAUGGACACUGAUCGCUGGGACAGAGUAUUUCCGGGUCCCUGCCUUUGGCUGGGUGAUGUUCGUUGCAGUAUUUUACUGGGUCCUGACGGUCUUCUUCUUAAUCAUCUACAUGACAAUGACCUACACCAGGAUCCCCCAGGUGCCAUGGACCACAGUGGGCCUCUGCUUUAAUGGAAGUGCCUUUGUUUUGUACCUUAUUGCCGCCAUCGUAGACGCUUCCUCGGUUACCAAAGAGAGGGACAGCCACAAUUACAACAGCUGGGCCGCCUCCUCGUUCUUUGCCUUUGUGGUCACAAUCUGCUAUGCUGGGAACACGUAUUUCAGCUUUCUGUCGUGGAGAUCCCGGACCACACAGUGAUCGCCAUUUCGAUGAUGAUUUUAAGAGAAGGAACGUUGCUGUAAAAGCCGCCAUGAGUAGCAUGUACAUUUCCAGGAACUGUGUUUUUGGCGUGUUUUUGUACACUUAAUCCCAUUGUGGUCGCUAUGGUCAGUUGCAAGAAAACUGGAUAUUUGUUUACAAAAUGCUGUAAACCCUUAGGAUAAAACCUUUUCAGUACAUUGUUACAAACUUUGUAAAUCCUAUUUUUUCUUAGAUAAUAAGAGUUGCUAAUGUUAAGAACAUCUCCACUUUGUAAAUCUAACCUUUAAAAUGCCAGACUUUUUUUUUUUGAUUAAAUGUUUGAAAAUCAUCCAUGAACUUCAGUGUCUGAGUUUUGGGGAUACAUUAAAGAAAAUAGAAUCUUUUUGUUAUAACCAAAGCCCGUGGCUCCAUGGGAUUUUGAGGGCUUGCAAGAUUAUUUAGGAGAAACCUAUCUGGAUUAGGAGAGCAAGUUUAGGGGAUUAACUCAUCACCUGUACACUUACAGUCACUGCCUUUGGGGUCCUGUGCUCUACAAUAGAGAUGUGAAAGGGCUGGCUAAAUCAGAUGAAAAUGUUAGUUCCGAAAUAUUUCAGAAAAAGCAUUAAAAUACAAUAGAACAUAGAUAAUGUUAAAAUAUGGUUUUCUAAGUCAGUAUGUACUCCAUGGGGGUCUUUAUGUACAAUUUAAGUUUGGUACCACUGCCCUAUGUGUUUUGAAAAUCUGUCAAAGGGAAUUAAUUCAUUGAAUGGAACACAAUUUAAUAUGACAAAACCAAGCCAAAUGACAGGAAAAUAUGGGGUCCCCAGAGAUCUGUCUUCUAGAGCUGGUAAGCUUUUGGACCCUCCCUGAAGCAGGACCAUAACUACAGUUGGAAGAUCCAGGCUUGACCCCCCCCUCCCCCGCCCCAGGUGAGGUAGAGGACCCCAGUUCUAGUCAUGUGAACCUCCCAUCUUUCUGGCUCUGCCUCCAGUAGAAGGGCUCACCAGCUUCAGAGCAAACAUUUUCUCUUUGGUAUCAGCCUUCCCCCACCCAAGUAGCCCUCUCUCUUUAGCAGGAGGCAGGCCUUCAGGGACUUGAAUAUGUCCCAGGAUGGGAUCCUUCUCCCCCACAGAAUGACCACUCCCUUCUCUCCUUCCCAAAUUGAAUAAUAACGACUCUGCUGUGGACAUAGAAGUAACCCCCAUCCUCAUUCUUUGCUAUUGGUCUCAGCAAUCACUGAAUGUUUCACAGCAAACCCACACGGGGGAGAACUGCUAGCUCAACUUGGGCUUAAAAAACCAUGAUCCUUUGGGCUAAUAACCAGGUUUAUGACACCCAAACCGUUAGGAAUCACACACACGUACACAGAAUACAAAGGGAACUGUGCUCCUCUGUUCUGUUGCUACGAGGGUCUCCAUUUUCAAUCAGCAACACCCUAAAAGACCCAGGAAAUCACUCCACAUCUGCAGGCUGAUUCCAGUUGCCCACAGCCCCUGGGGCUCACUCUGUUUUAUCCCCAGGACUGCAAAGGGAGCCAGAGUCUUUUCCAAAAUCUGCUAAUUUAGGACAAGCAGAUCCUGGGUACCUUUGAAUAUACCUGUUAGAUAAGGAUGAACUUGGUAAAAUUUCUUUAGGGCUAUAUCAAUGUUAUCUAGAUCUCACAACCAACUCUGAUGCAGGUAUUAAUAUGAUCUUGAUUUUCCAUUUAAGGAAACUGAGGCUGAAAGGUUAGGUAACUUUCCCAGAGUUUACACAACUGUGAAGAAACCAAAGCCAGAUUUGAACUCAUGUUUUCCUGACUUCAGGUCUAACACUCUCCUUAUCAUGUCACCUUGAUGCCUUUGUUUUACUAAAUUAUGUCAGAAGAUAAUUUACUAAAUUAUGUCCAGGAGAUCCAGGAAAAGGAUGGGAAAAAAAGGUUCCUACAGUAAUGUUUCUCCACAUGUCAAGGUAUCAUCCUCAUGAUGUCAUCGGUCCUCUUUGAAGGUGAAGGGUGAACAACAAUCGUCGAACUCAUUUCCCAGCUUGAUUUCCCUCCUGUAUAUGGGCCCCUGCUCCUCACUGGCUCAGCAUGGCUGGUUGGCUUAUAUUCUACUCCUGUUGUCCUAUAGAAAUGAUAAAGUGCCUUCAGGCAAGAUCUAAUUAGCUUCAUUGCUAAUAUAUUUUUAAAGCCCUCUUUAAAAUAGGACUGAAUAGAGCUGGACGUUUUAAAGGAAAUAAAAUCUCUGCCCUCAGAGUUUUCCAUCUGAAAUGAGAAUUCAGGCAAGCCAUCAUGCAGUACUUUUAAAGGACCUACUAUGUACCACUAGGGAUACUACAGUAAGGAAAACUCAAUCUAUGUUAAAUAGCAAGAGAUUGGAGCUGGUCAGUCGUAAGGGCCUCCUGAGGGCCAAAUGGUGACUAACUAAGUAAUUACUACAUCUACAGGGGAGUUGACCAUUGGAUUUCAGACUUGGUUCAAAUCCUGGCCAGGCCCCUUGCUGUGUGACCUUGGCUUAGCCUUAGCCCAGGUAUCUAUGAAGUGGCCAUAAUAAUCCUUGUACUACCUAAUGAUAAAACUCAUUAACUCAAUGCUCUAACGGUCUCAAAGCACCUUACAAACAUUAUCUCACUGGAUUUUCAUAACAACCCUGGGAGGUUGGUGCUCUUAUUAUUAUCCCUAUUUUACAGCUGGGGACAUAGUCUCUGAAGGUAAAGUCACAAAGCUAAUAAGUAUCAGAGAGGAUCCAGAUUUAGGGUUUCCUGAAACAAGUCCAGUGUUCUAGCAACUAUCCCACACUGCCUCUUAUGGAUUGUUGUGAAGAUCAAAUAAAGGUAACCUUUUGGGGAGACAAUUUAAUUAUUUUAUUAUUAAUUUACCAUUAACAAGGCCAACAUGUUAUUAAAAAGAAUGGUCAUUUGGCUAUCUCUUUUAGACCAAAGACAAACAUUUUAUUGAAAGUUUCUUGGGACUUGAGGGGAGACAGUGUGAAAAGAAGAAAUAGGAAAAGUGGAUGACAAAAUGGCUUGACAACAAAGGGGGACAGUCCCCUUUCACACCAUUGGCAAAAUCAGAAAGGGGAUCCCCCUUGAUAAGUAGACAUUACAAAUGAAAUAUGCAAAAGAAAAAGUAGAUGUCUCUAAAGAUAAUCUUUUAAAAAGAAUCAUAUAUCGGAAGAAACAGAAGAAUUGGGAAAGCAGGGAUUUGUGUCCCUUUCACAGAAUCCAGCAAACCAGGAGGGUCUCAGGUCCACCCCAAUGUCUUUUUAAGAAUCAACUCAUAGACAAAAACAAACAGUAGCUUUGUCUUUGACUUUAAUGGCAUGUUCUCCCUUUUAGUUUCAAGGUAUGGUUUGUUGUAUUAUGCUUAAGAUUGUUUUUGUUUAAUUAUGAAUAAAAAUAAUAUCCGGCAUGAUUGAGUGUAAGUGCAAAAAUAAAAUAUAAUUCCUCAGGUA